AUGACAACUCUUGAUCCAGCCACCGGCCGUCCCUUGCCCGACUCUGCCAUUCAGCGAGUCCUGUUUGUCUGCCCACGCGUCCAUGUCUACCAGAUUCCCCCUCUUACCUCCAACAAGGGCUUCUCUGCUGGAUCAUGGACUGCCCCUCCGCGCCCAACCGCCCAGAUGAUUUUCACCGCCCGUCUGCGUAUCAUUGAGACAUCGCUUUCAACCCAAAUAAAGACAGAUAUUGUGCUUGAGGACCCCAAGACUGCCGACCUUUUCGCUGCUGCCCCUUACACGUCGCCUGCUGUAGUUGAGCAAGCCAACGAUAGCAGUCGCUUCUUUGCCAUCCGUGUUGUUGGAGAAGGCGGCAUGAAGGCCACUCUGGGUAUGGGCUUCGAGGAAAGACCUGACGCUUUCGACUUCAGCAUCACCCUGUCCGAGGCCAGGAAGCUUCUCGGCAUGGAGCAGAAGCUCGGUCCUGGUCAGGCACAGCCUCAACACUUGACCAGGAAGACGGUCGAGGAGCCCAAGAAAGAUUUCAGUUUGAAAGAGGGGGAAAGCAUCCAUGUUGAGAUUGGAGGCCGUGGCAGAAGGCAGCAACAAUCCAAUGCUGCAGUCAAGGACGAUGGCAAUGCUCUCUUUUCCAUUAAACCUCCACCACCUCCUGCUUCAGAAGACGACUAUGCGCUUCCUUCCCUCGCUCCUCCGCCAUCAGCUGCUCAUCCUUCGGCACAGGAUCUAGGUUUCGAUGACGGCGAGUUUGGCGAAUUCCAGUAA